ACAAACAGAAAAUGGAAUUAGAAUCUGUUCUGAUAGUGAGAGAACCCAACAGUUCUUCGCUCAAAGCAGUUGUGGAUUUUGCGCGUCGUACUGGGGACUAUCCACAUUUGUCUCGAGUCGAUAUUCACGUACUUUCGUUGACUUUGAUGUUGGAACUCGAAAGCAGUGGCCGAAAGUUUCUAAAACCUGAGUUCAUUGAACACUUACCAAGUGGACUUGGAGAACCCAAGGAAAAUGUGCCUAGGUCAGAGCCUGGUCAAUCUAAAGUGGAAGAAGAAACUGCUUCAUCAGUCAAGCAGGUAGAAACUGCAUUUGCGGAUAUUCAGAUAAAGGAAGAAAAAGAUGUGGCAAUCAGCAGUUUUGAUGUUUGGAUUCAUAGCGAAAAUGUCGAUGCAAUAGUGCAAAACUCACAAAAGAAAUCUAUUCAAGGAGAGCCUUCUGCACAAGAGAAUAGAGUGGGUUGUAUGACUAGCGACUUUUCUAUGCAGAAUUUGUUGCUUCAAAUGGGUCUCAUAUUGAUUUCACCAGAUGGUAGACGAGUGAAGAGGUUGAAGUCGUUUGUUCUUCAAUGUGAAUCUUGCUUUCAUGUUACUAAGGAAGUGGAACGACUUUUCUGUCCUCAUUGUGGAAACCACACUCUUUUAAGGACAACUUGUAAGACGGAUAAACAAGGAAAUUUAUUGGUUUUUCCUCCAAGAAGAAAGAAGAAUAAUCUUAGAGGGACUAUCUUUCCUAUACCAAAACCUCAGUCGGGAAGAAAUGCUCUUAAUCUUAUUUUAUGUGAAGAUCAGUAUAUAGAAAAAGAACAAAAACUGAAAAAUUCCAGAAGAAAGAAGGCAUAUCGAGAUGUAUUGGAUCCUGCUACAGAAUACAAUGCAAGUCCUUUCUUUCAAAAGGAACAACCUCUUAUUAUCGGAUACAAUCGAAAAUGUGCCGAACAAUUGCAAAGAAAAAACAAAAAUGGAAGAAAAGGUCGUAAAUAAGAAAUAGAGUUUGUAUAAUCCAACAUUACCCAUUUUAGAUAGAAGUAUUGCUCAAUCCCCAUUAUGAUAUUAGACAAUAUACGUGAAUUGCAUACA